AUGUUUUCGAUGAUGUUGAUGUCGUAAUUGCGAUUCGGCGAAUCUCAUCAUUGCAGUACUGAGCAUACGUGUACUACACGAGCAUAGCAGGAGAACUUCAAAAUGCCGCUGAAUACAAUCCUUAGUUUUGAUGUCCUCCAACCAUGGACUCCAGAAGAGCUUGAAAUUCCUGAUCAGUUCCUCAAAACGUUUGAAAACAUGCAAAUGCAAAUGAUCGCAGAGAGGAUGAAGAACGAACCAUUUGCGCAGGGAGAUUGGUUGAGGAGGAUCAGGGAACGUUUCUUCAAGUCUGAUUGUGGACCUAUCGAACAAGCAUUCCUACCGAUGUUUUCAAUGAUGGAAAUCGUCGAAUCUAAGGCAAAUCCUGGAGGAGGUACCAUGGGAAUGGAUCCUCACUAUGAUGCCAGGCAAAGCUAUUAUGCUCUAGCACGAUUUGUGGAAAAGAAUCUCAGUCCAGUUUGUAUUCUACUUAAAAAUGGCAGUGCAACAGCGCUAAUAAACUUAGACAUAAUUACCUUUGAAGGUAAUAAGGUCUGGUGCCUGAAGGAGUACCCCAAAGAACCAAUCAUAUUCGUUCGAUGUACAUUUCUCCCAAUGAGAACACCAUUGGAAAAGGACCCAUAUUGGGAGGGUAAUCCAAAUGGUGUCGCUAUUAUCAAAUGUGCGAGCAAGGAAGAAAUGGACAUACAUCUCAGAGUGUUUCGGGAGAAUGCUUCGAACAUUUCACUGGAUUUGAAGGCUAAGGUUGACGCUUGCGUUGAAAAAAAGCUGCUGGAUAUUGCCAUGUCUUUCACAUCUUACUUCACACUGCUGCUCCCGGAAGAAAAGUCGAAGUUGCCAACGUUUUGUAGAGUGUGUGGUGCUGAGGGUCGGAAGACCUGCAGCAAGUGCAAGGUGGCAAAGUAUUGCAGUAAGGAGUGUCAAGUGAAGGAUUGGAAGGCCAGCCACAAGCGUGAGUGUCGUCCACCAGAGGAGGUCGCAGACGUGGAAGCUGCUACGUCAGAUGCGGACGUAAAAGGAAAUGGGAGGAACAUGUGGAUUGACAUUGAUCCAAGGGCUGAAGUACCAGUACCUCCGGAAAUGGAGGGUAGUAAUGUGGUCAAAUCGCCUACACAGUCAUUCACAGAACCACUCCACAGGUUUGAGGCCCGGGUCACAAGAGCAAUGUCGAAAAUAGGGCAUGAAGGAGAAAUGCUAGAUCGGGUCAAGCGAGAUGUGAUUAUGAUGGUUAAGGUCCAAAUCAUUCUCUGUUCAACUGGGAAUCAGCACGAAUGUAGGCCUAUUCUCAUUUAUCCCCAGGGAAAGAGAUUUGAAUUGGACGCCGUCCCCGAAAACAUGGGCAGAGGUGUUGAAGAUUACUCUAGGCUUCAAAAUCUGAUCAAGGCACAAGGAACCGAUUCUGGCCUGGGCAUGGGAGGCUGCAAGGUUUUUCUGGAUGCUUAUGUCACUUCGGAAGGAAAGUUACGUGUUAUGCUGAAUAAGGUCAACCCUUUGCAGACCUGCCUCAUGAUCAUUCGUUUGCUUGCAGGCAACGCUAAAAUGCCAGUGAGUUCUAUAUUGGGGAUUGACAGCCUGCAACCAUGGCUUCCAGAUAAAGAAGACGAGCAGAUGGCGGCACGGAUAGAGAUAUCGCUCGAGAAGUUGAGUGUUGAUGAGGCGGAGUAUGGACCACUGGCACAAGAGAUACUGCGGCGACGAGCCAAAAAAGGACCAGUCGAACAAGCGUUCAUCCCGAUGUUUUCGAUGGGGGAAUGCGAGGAAUCGUUUGAGCCAGGGGGGACCAGAAUGGGUGUGGACCCACACUAUGAUGCGAGACAAGGCAUUCUUGUUUUAGCUGGGAUGGUCGACAAGCAAUACUCUCGUGCUGCUAUCUACAAGAUGGGAUGUGAGAAUACCAUGGGAGUACUGAACGUAGACAUUGUCUCUCUUGAUGGCACAACAGCCUGGUGUUCACCAGACCACCCAAAAGAACCGAUCAUCUUCGUCCGGUGUGCCUUUUUACCGGGAAUGACAAAUGCCGAAUCGGAACCCUUUCGAUAUCACAUGCAUACCUGCAUAAGUAAGACAGUUCCAAGCAUUGGGUUGAAUAACAUCAAGUGCACCAGUCGGGAUGAGCUAGAUAUAUACCUGCAGGUUUUCAAAGAAAACGCUACGAAGAUGUCACCUGAGCUGAAGGCGAAGAUUGAAGCCGGUGUUGGUAGAAGCUUGUUAGAUAUCCCGACAUCUUUUACCUCAUUCUUCACGCUGCUGCUCCCUGACCUAGUGCCAAGGCCCCCAACGUUUUGUAGAGUGUGUGGUGCUGAGGGUCUGAAGACCUGCAGCAAGUGCAAGAUGGCAAAGUAUUGCAGUAAGGAGUGUCAAGUGAAGGAUUGGAAGGCCAGCCACAAGCGUGAGUGUCGUCCACCAGAGGAGGUCGCAAUCGCGGAAGCUGCUACGUCAGAUGCGGGUGGUAACCAUGACGGCCAGGACCUAUGGCUCGAUGUCGAUCCAAAGGCUACCACUGCUCAUUAUCCAAAUAUGCCCGGACAGAAUGUGGUCUCAUUUUUUAGGUCGACCUCGAACAGAGAUCCGCUCUACAGGGAUUCACGCCGGAGGCCAAUAUAAAC